UUCUAGUAACGGAAGCUACCUUGGCAAGCGACGGCUUUUCGUCUUCGUGGGCACGCACAUGGGCAUGCGGAGUCAGCUUUCAGUGCGUUUAACGCCUUGGCUCUCACAGAACGCUUGUAAGGGCUUAGGGGUUCCAGCUGGACAAAAUCAGGUGCGCAGGCUUGCCAGUGUAAGACUAGUGGUUCGCCAUGAGGCUGACGUGCCACGCGUAAUCAACAGCCCCCUUCAGAUUACUGUACAAAUACUUAUUUGGAGCUCGUACGAGUCACAUGUAUUGCUUGUACACGCCAAAUACCUCGGCGUCGCCGUCGCCGAGUGCAAGCGGGCGGACUGCUGAGACAUUCGCUUUGUCCCUACUCGCGCACUGUUCCACCACAAAAGACGUGUAGUCCUUACAGGACACAUUCAAACGGCUAUCACUUGCCUCGCUAUCAAGGUCAUCCUUAAGCGCUCUUGCUUGGCCAUUACGCCACGUUAGCAAUCUAUCCCGACGCCUUCUUAAGCCUCCCCUCCCCUCCGGCUCCGCCCAACCUCAACACUUCCCUCCCCCUUCCCUCGUCACCUCCUUUGCCAUUACCAUUCAUCACGCUGGGUCCUCUUCCUUUUCCCCUUCAAACUAUCUCGCACACGACCCCAGGCUCAAGCUCUAGUCGGCGGGGACGCUGCCGGCAGCGGUUGCACAGUCACCCAUGGCGGCGCCAGCAGCGGUGCUGCUGGCUCACAGACAGGCAUGAGGGCAGCCGCCGCCACCACCGCCGGCAUCAACAGCGGCGGUGCUCCAGGACGCUUCCUGAGCACCGUCUCCGCUGCCGCUGCCAAGGCCCCCGCCGCCGUCACCCCCGCCACCGCUGCUGCUGCUGGUACUGCUGGUGGUGGUGGUACGGCGACGGCAGCGGCGGCGGCGGUCCCAACUGCAUGCCCGCCCCAACCGCCUGCCGCCGCCGCUCCCCCUCCGCUGUCCUUCUCCGACCACCGGGCGGUGUUCCAAGGGCAGGGCUCCUGGCAGCUGCUGCGAGCGUAUGUCGUACUGCGGGCGUGCGGGUUCAAGCCGGUUGUUGACAACGCGGAGACGCUGCUGGUAACCCUGCGGGGGCUGCUGGGGGCGGGCCCCACGGAUGCGCUGAUCAAGUCCACCUUCUUCGCGCACUUCUGUGCGGGCGAGAAUGUGGAGGAGGUGCAGCGCACAGUGGACCGACUGCGGGCCUCCGGAGUAGGCGCGAUUCUGGACUACGCGGCGGAGGACGACGUGGGCCCCUCCGCCACCGCCGCAUCCUCCACUUCGCCCUCCGCCUCCUCCCCCUCCGCCUCCUCCUCCUCCUCCUCCUCCUCCGCUGCUAACGCCCGCAGCAGCAGCAGCGGCAGCAGCAGCAGCAGCGAAGGUAACAACACCAACGCCAGCAGCGGUGGCAGCGGCGGAGGCCUCACGGCUAUGGCACCGGAAACCGCCGCUGCGGCUGCGGAUGCUGCCACCUCCACCUCCACCUCCACCUCCACCUCCACCUCCACCACCACCACCACUGCAGACGGCACCAGCAGCAGUAGCGGUCCUGCAGGGUUUCGACACUUUGCACCACCCGCCUCCUCUUCCUCCCCCUCACCCUCCUGGCGUGCACCGCUUGCACCCCACCCACUUCCCUCUCCCGCAGCGCUGUCAGAGGCAGCGGCAGCGGCUGCACAGGCGGACGGCCCCGCCUCCUCCUCCCACUUCUCCGCCCACUCCCACUCCCACUCCUCCUCUUCCUCCUCUUCUUGGGUUUCAGUUGCGGCAGUGGCUCCGGAGCCCUCCCCGCGCUCGCUGGGGGUGGUGGGGCGCACGUACGACUACGGCUCGGAGGAGCAGUGCGACAGGCACGUGGAGCACUUCCUGUCGGCCAUUGAGAUGGCGGCUCGGCAGCCGGGACGACCCGCAUUCGCCGCCAUCAAGAUGACGGCCCUGGGUAACCCCGAGCUGCUGCAACGCGCCUCCACCGCCAUCACCACCCUACACGGGCUGUUCGCGCAGUUUGACGAGGAUGGCAGCGGCUUCGUGGACCGAGGCGAGUUCCUGCGCCAGUGGCGGCGACUGGUGGCAGGCAGGGGAGGUGCUGAUGCAGGGAGCGGCAGCAGGGACAGCAGGGACAGCAGGGACAGCAGGGACAGCAGGGACAGGUGCUGUACUUCACAUGCACUACAGCAACAGCAUGCCCAUACACACGAUGCAGCAGCAGCAGCAGGCGGUGUAAGUGCUGCUGCCGAGGAGGAGGAGGUGGACGAGGUGGGCGGCAGCGGCGCCGGCAGCAGUCGGGAGGGCGGUGUUCCGGCGCACUGCGAGUACCAGCGGCACUUCCACUACACUGAGGGGGUGGAUGAGGCGGCGGUGCUGCGACAGGCGGAGGACACGUUCCGCUGGCUGGACAGGCAGGGGACAGGGAAGGUGGACUACGUGAGCUGGUGUCAGCGACUGGACCUGCAGCACAUGCCCAUGCUGGCGGCGCGGAUAGCGGAGGGGGGCGGCAGCAACUCGACAGUCGCCGACGCCUGCCUGGACGGGUUAGAGGUGGAGCUUAUGGGGGCGCUGCUGGGGCGGCUGAGGCGGCUGGUAUCCGCGGCGUUGCGUCACAACGUGCGGUUGAUGAUCGAUGCGGAACACACCUACUUCCAACCGGCGAUCGAGCACGUGACGCUGCGGUUGAUGCGGGAACACAACCGGGACGGCGUGGCACGGGUGAUGAACACGUACCAGGCCUAUCUGGUUGACAGCCGGGCUCGACUUCAUCGCGACUUGGAGAGGGCCCGCCGAGAGGGCUGGGUGCUGGGGGCAAAGCUGGUCCGCGGCGCCUACCUGAAUCUGGAGCGGCGGCGCGCGGCGGAGCUGGGCUACCGCUCGCCUGUUUGGGGCAGCCUGGAGGAGACACACGCCAACUACGAUGCAUGCGCGGCGGAGCUGUUGGCGGCGGUGGCGGAGGGACGUGCGGAGGUUCUGUUGGGCACACACAACCAGGCGAGUGUGGAGCGGGCGGUGGCCCUCAUGUCUCAACUGGGACUGCAACCCCAGGGUGGCACCGGCAGCGGCAGCGGCACAGGCAGCAGCAGGGCUACAGCCUCGACUGUCACAGCUGCUACCGGCAGCGGCAGCGGCAGCAGCAACACGCCUAAUGCCAGCAGCAGCGGGGUCAGUGGCAGCAGCAGCAGCGGCAGCAACCCCAGCAGCGGUAGUCCCCUCCGCCGCGGUCCGGGAGUGAUGUUUGGUCAGCUGUUGGGGAUGAGCGAUCAUUUGACACUGACGCUGGGCAAGGCAGGCUAUAGGGCCUACAAGUACGUGCCGUACGGAGCCGUGGGUCAGGUGAUGCCGUACCUGCUGCGGAGGGCCGCUGAAAACCAAGACAUCCUCAAGGGCGCCAAGCAGGACCUGGUAAUGCUGAGGUCGGAGCUGCGGCGGCGGCUGGCGGCAGCGGUGGGACUGUCAUCGGCCUCCUCCUAGUCCUUCUGCUGAUGGCUGUCCUGUUGGGGUCUUUGUCCUCGGUUUUUAUACGGUACUUGGCUUAGCUGCAGUUUCGUCUUAGGUACGGGGGCAAGGGCAGGAUGAGGCGAGAGGGGGGGAGGGGUUGUGCGAAAAGGAGAGCAGAGCAGAGGGUCGGAGUUCGGUGGAAAACGGUGGACUGUGAAAGGAAUGUUUAGAACCCUAACCCUAGCUAACAAGCAAUGAAGUGCAUCCAGCAGGCCGUUAUUAGAUGGAAGUGUCCCCAGCAGGCGUGAAGAACGGAGUCCAAACGUCUAGCAACGGCUAGUAAGCUCUUAUUAUCUAACUCACCUCGCCCAUGCACUAGCUCAUUUCCUUUGCAACGUUAUUAAUGGACCCCUUACGUGUCCAUGUCUCACCUGUCAUUAGAUGUUCCGAGGCAUGCUUGACAUGGUUUCGACCAACUAGCCGUGAAGUAGCGUGUCGUGUACAGGGGCUUGUUUGAGAUGGGAAUCCCCAUCUCAUGGACGUUUGCGGCGUGUUGUGUGGACUACAGCGGUAGCACAAUGAAGCUGUCGUACGGUAUCCUAGGCUUUGCUACCGGCAAUAGUAGUAUGGAAACUUCGCGAUGUGGUGGCAAGGCUCUCGUUGUUGGUUUGCUGAAGAAGAAAGGCAAGCAAAGUGAUUGCCAAUCAGCCGAGGAAUGCGACACUUGUACGGCAAAAGACGGCUUAAGUGUACGAAUGCAUGUUUGUUGGCUAGGAAUGUAUUUGGUGAUUCAGUGACAGGACGUGUCGUAGGGUGAAUACGGCGUGACCAAGGUUUUAUGGCGUUGUCAUCUUGCUUAUAAGCUCUUUUUUCCUCGUUUCCUAUGUUGUGCUGUGCCGCUUUUGUUGACAGUUUGGGUAACGACAAC